AUGUCCAUCCCUCCCAUCUCCCCCGCCCCCGCCGAGACGUCGUCUGCUGCCGCCCGCGGGCGCACGUCGUACGAGGGCGUCAGUGCGAGCACCAGCGGCGGGGGCCCGCUGACGCCUCGCUCGGCGCGCUCGCGGCAGGCGUCGCUGAACGUCGCCCCGAGCGACUAUUCGGACCGGGACUCGUUCCGCUCGCACGCGUCGGACAGCGACCCGUCGGACGAGAGCGACGAGCUCGACUUGGACCCGGAGGACAUCCCGGUGACGGGCUUCGCGGUCGCGAGCAACAAGCGCAACCAGGACUUCCACGAGCUGUUCCCCACCGUGCCCGAGGGCGACUACUUGAUCGAAGACUAUGGCUGUGCGCUCCAGCGCGAGAUUCUCAUCCAGGGCCGGCUGUAUAUCUCGGAGAACCACCUGUGCUUCCACGCGAACAUCUUCGGCUGGAUCACAGAUCUUUCGAUCCCGAUGUACGAGGUGAUCUCGCUGGAGAAGCGGAUGACGGCGUUCGUGAUCCCGAACGCGAUCCAGCUCUCGACGCGCACCGCAAAGUACACGUUCACCUCCUUCCUCUCCCGCGACACCACCUUCGACGUCCUCUUCAACGUCUGGCGCCUCGCCCGCCCCGAGGACUCUUCCGAAAUGGGCAUCGGCUCGCAGCGCGUCUCGCUCGACGAGGGCGAGGACGGCGCGGUUGUUGUCACCGCCGACGGCGCUGCGUCGAGGGCGGCGAAGGUGACGCGGUGCGACUGCGCGAAGACGGGGCAGCAGCACUAUACGGAGACGGCGAUGGACGCGGUGUUCCCCGGCACGCCGGACAAGAUAUACAACCUGAUGUUCACGAGCGGGUUCAUGAAGGACUUCAUGCGGGAGAACCAGAAGCUCUUAGACAUCCAGAUAUCGGACUGGACCCCGACGGAGAACCCGCAGCUGCUGGCGCGCAACAUGACGUACAUCAAGCCGCUGAACGCGAGCAUCGGGCCCAAGCAGACGCGCUGCGAGCUCCGCGACGAGACGAUCGCGAUCAACUUCGACAGCUUCGUCACGAUGCUCACGACGACGCGCACGCCCGAGGUGCCCAGCGGGAACGUGUUCUCGGUCAAGACGAAGACGUGCAUCACGUGGGCGAGCGACGUGGCCAGCAGGGUGCUCGUCACGACGCAGGUCGAGUGGACCGGGCGCAGCUUCAUCAAGGGCAUCAUCGAGAGAUCGUGCAUCGACGGCCAGAAGACGUACCACGUCGACCUCGAGAAGGCGAUGCGCGACUACAUCCACGAGCACCGCGCCGAGUUCGUCCCCGAGGGCGUCGACGUCGCCGCGGUCGAGGAGUCCGUCGCCGCAGUCGUCGCGCUCGAGCCCCCGCCCGGGACGCCGACGCGCGCGCAGAGCGACGAGGAGGUGCGCAAGGAGCGCGAGCGCGAGCGCAACCGGCGCGGGCUGCAGUGGGCGUACGACACGUUCGAGGGCGCGCUCAAGGUCGCGCGGCAGUCGACCGAGGGCGCGCUCGAGCUCGUGAGCGACGCGUGGGACCAGUCGUCGUCGACGACGAUCCUCUACUUCGUCAUCGUCUUCCUCGUCCUCUCCAACCUCUGGACGCUCUCCGUCAUGGGCGGCCGCGAGGAGGUAGGCCGCCGGAAGGAGACGCGCAAGAUGGAGGAGCGCGAGAAGUGGGUGCAGGGCAUCGUCACCGCGCUCUGGGAGGAGCUGCUCGCGAACCGCGGCCAGCUGGGCGGCAUCGCCGCCGGCGCAGUCCCGCCCCUCGCCCCUCGGCCCCCGCAUGGGGACCUGCGCGAGGAGGUCGGGGCGCUCGCCACCCAGCUUGACCUCAUCGAGCAGCGUAUAUCGGACAUCCGCGAAAACCUGAAGCAGCUCGACCAGCUCGACUGA